UGUGACGUCACGAGGACGGAAUAAAAUGGCGACUGUUGCGUUUUAAUUAGUUUCUAUAAUACAUCCAUGGUUUUAAUAUAAACACACUUUACCAGUUUCAAAUAUCAAAAUAAAGGAAACUCGUCUGUACGAAGAUCAUACCAAGAUGGCAGAUCCAGUCAUGGCAGAGCAGACCAGCGGCACCUCGGAGGGCAUCGUGGGUCUGGAUGAGCCCAAAAAGAUGACCAGGGAGGACUGGAGGAAGAAGAAGGAGCUGGAGGAGCAGAGGAAGCUUGGAAACGCUCCUGCUGAGGUGGACGAGGAGGGAAAGGACAUUAACCCUCACAUCCCACAGUAUAUUUCAUCGGUGCCGUGGUACAUUGACCCCUCUAAAAGACCCACACUAAAACAUCAAAGGCCACAGAUUGAAUGUGAGACGACAUUCUCACCUAUUGGGGAUUGGUACAAGAGAGGUGUGCAGGAGAAUGCAGUUGCCACUAAAUUUCGUAAAGGUGCUUGUGAGAACUGCGGGGCCAUGACCCACAAAAAGAAAGACUGUUUGGAGAGACCCAGAAAAGUUGGGGCGAAGUUCACAGGAGUAUCCAUCGCUCCAGAUGAACACUCUCAAGUCCAGCUGUUGAUGGACUAUGAUGGAAAGCGUGACCGCUGGAAUGGGUAUGACCCUGAGGAGCACCAGCGGAUUGUAGAGGAAUAUGCCAAAGUAGAUCUGGCCAAAAGAACGCUGAAAGCUCAGAAACUUCAGGAUGAGUUGGCCUCAGGAAAACUAGACCAAAAUGAGCGGGAACACGACAGCGAGGGCGAGGAUGAAGACAAAUAUGCAGAUGACAUCGACAUGCCUGGUCAGAACUUCGACUCGAAGAGACGAAUCACUGUCAGGAAUCUGCGUAUCAGAGAAGACACGGCUAAAUACUUAAGAAAUUUGGAUCCAAAUUCAGCAUAUUACGAUCCAAAAACUCGAGCUAUGAGAGAGAACCCGUACUCCAACACUGGCAUGAACCCUGAUGAAGUCGGGUAUGCUGGAGACAACUUUGUUCGCUACAGCGGGGACACAAUCACCAUGGCUCAAACACAAUUGUUUGCCUGGGAGGCUUAUGAGAGAGGCACCGAGGUCCAUCUCCAGGCCGACCCCACUAAGCUGGAGGUGCUUCAUCGCUCGUUUAAGGUCAAGAAGGAGGACUUUAAAGAAAAACAGAGGGAGACCAUCCUGGAGAGGUACGGAGGUGAGGACCACUUGGAUGCGCCACCACGGGAGUUGCUGUUGGCCCAGACAGAGGACUACGUGGAGUACUCCCGUCAUGGUGCGGUGCUGAAAGGACUUGAGAAGGCCGUUGCCCGCUCCAAGUAUGAGGAGGAUGUCCUGAUCAACAAUCACAUUUGUAUAUGGGGCUCCUACUGGAAGGAUGGUUUCUGGGGAUACAAGUGUUGUCGCUCCAUGGUCAAACAGAGCUACUGCACAGGAGAUGCUGGAAUUAGGAUUAACAAUUCAGAGUGUACUCCAUUUGAAGAAGGAUUAACGGAGCCGCAAGAGGAGGAGGAGCCCAAGUCUCUGCUGGAAAUGCAUCGAGAUAAGAUGAAAGAUAAGAAGAAGAAAAAGAAGAGCAAGAAGAACAAGAAGCAUGGCUCAGAUGGCAGUGAUUCAGAGGAUGAAGAAAAGAAGAAAGAGAAGCUGAAGAAGGCUCUUGAUGCGGAGGACAAGCGGGUGAAGCAAGUUGACCAAAUAAUGCAGCUGGAUGAGAGGAAGAGACCCUACAACAGCCUGUUUGAAAUCAAAGCGCCCACAGAGGAGGAGCUAGAGGCGUUCCGCAUGAAACGCUACCGGCCAGACGAUCCCAUGGCCUCCUUCCUGGGCCAGUGACCUUGUCCUGACCAACACUGAUUCCUUGAAACUCUGUGAACUCUACUAGACCAGCUGCUCGGUAGAAAAAAGGAAAAAAAAAAAAAAACAGAUACAACACAGUGUCGCUGUUGGAUGGCAAAUGUUGGAGGUCAUUUAAAAAUUAUUUUGUACUCGUUGUUGCAGACUUGAAGUCAAAAUUUAGGUGUAAGUUUCGUUUUAUUUUUUUCAGUCCCAGCCUCUGCCCCCUCCUUCAGAUCUUUACAGUGAUUUGUAAACAUGUACUACCACAUUUCAAAAUUGAUUUAUCCUUUUGUCUUUUUUGAAUAAUAAACUUCAUUUGCCUGAA